AUGGCACACCACCAUGUGUUCCAAAUGGAGAUCUUGGCACUGGGCCCUGGAACAAACAUGGCUGCCUUUGUGACCUGCAGCCAUGUCUGGCUCGUGCUCCAGCCCCAGCUGUUGUUCCAGCUCCCACUCCUGCUCCAGUCACAGCUACUGUACCAGUUCCUGUCCUUGGUCCAGGAACCCAACCUGGCUCUGGCUUCUCUUCAUGACUGGACCUCACAUCCUGCCCAGGCUUCUGACCUGACUCCAGAAUUGGUACCAUAUUCAGCUCCUGACUUGGCCUCUGGUAUUCCUCUUGACCUCAUCCCCAGUCUGGCCCUGUAUUCAGACUCCUGUCUCAGGCCCUGCUCAGCCCUUGUCAUGGUGGGACCACUGCAUGUUGUAGGAGAUGUAGUCACAGUUAAACCUAUAGUUGUAAAUGACAGAUAUAUAAACCCUGAGCUCGGAAAGUAUCAUGCCAGAUUGAGAACUCUUAGUAGAAGCUGCCAGGACAUCAAAGAGAAGUUUGGAGCUACUACUGAUGGCAUAUACUACUUAACGACAGCAAAUGGUGUGAUGUAUCAAAGCUUCUGUGAUAUGACCACAGCUGGUGGGGGCUGGACACUAGUAGCCAGUGUGCAUGAGAACAAUAUACAUGGAAAAUGCACUUUAGGUGACCGCUGGUCAAGUCAGCAGGGUAGUGACCCUAAACGACCUGAUGGUGAAGGAACAUGGGCUAACACCAUCACCUUCGGCAGUGCAGAGGGUGCUACCAGUGAUGACUAUAAGAAUCCUGGGUACUAUGAUAUCCUUGCAGAGGAUGUAUCUGUGUGGCAUGUUCCUAAUGGGGCACAGCUACAGAACUGGACCAGUGACUCUAUCCUACGCUAUCAUACUGAAACCAAAUUCCUCAGUAACAGUGGUGGAAACCUGUACUACCUAUUCAAGAAAUAUCCUGUGAGGUUCGGGAUAGGAGAGUGUAGCAAAGAUACUGGGCCUACUAGUCCAGUGGUGUAUGAUACUGGAGACAAACACUCAACAAAAACACUUUAUGGACCAUCUGUAAGAGAUCAGUUUGAGCCUGGUUUCAUCACCUUCAGAGUGUUUAAUGAGGAGAAGGCAGCUAUGGCUAUAUGCUCUGGGAUCAAACCAAUUAGAUGCCAUACUGAACAUUACUGUAUUGGUGGAGGAGGGCACUUUCCAGAAAAAGCUCCCCAGUGUGGGGACUUCACUGGAUUUGACUCGGAUAGUUAUGGAUCAAACACUGGAAAACGUGCAUCCAAAGAAUUGACAGAGGCAGCAGUUCUAAUUUUCUAUCGUUGA